UAACUAACUAUUUAAAGAAGCAACUAUUUCAGUAUUAACUUCGAUACUAACUCGUAUCAUCGCUUUUCUUUCUUUCACAUGUAACUUACCUACAUAAGGUAUAAAACACUCCCGGCUAAACAAGACGAAAACAACACAGCACUUCUCUCAGUCGCCAUUUGAUCUCAGCCUCGAUUCGCUCUCGUCAUGGCCGGACGUCGACGCCGGGCACCAUCCAACUCGACAGUCGCAACUAUCGACGAAGCGGCUAUACAAUAUUACCAAGAGGAAACCGUGUUAAAGACCGCCUCUUCUCGAGCACAUCCCGACGAUUGGCCAUGCUUUCUACUCACCGAUGCGACGAUCUAUCAUAGAAAUGGUACAUUGGCAAAUCUGUUACAUGUCGACUUGGAGGGACCUUUGAUUGUUCGCGGAAGGCUCGAAAUCGAGAAGGACCAAGAAAGGUUCCUAGUUGAUCGACACAUUAAGGGCAAGUCACCUCGGAUUCAAAUCCAGAACACACUAUCAUUCUCUAUUGGCCUGAAAGAAGAUGGUCUACCUAUGCCUGUGCUCUGGGCUAGCGGCGGAGCAGGUUGGUAUGAAAUCGUCCCGUCCGAAGCAUAUAAAGCUAUGUGCGACGUCAUGUUUCAAGGAAUAUCUCUUCAUUAUGCCAUAUUAGACGAGUAUGAAGCGACACUCGAAGAACUUCACAAGAAGAAGAAAAAUAGGCACAAAACACUAAGUGACGUCACUUUAUCCUUAGAUGAUGUCCUUUUUAAGUAUGCGGUAACUGUUGGUGAUGGCAUUACUUUACCAGAAGCGCACAAGCGGACUAGAGAUCAAGCCAUCUUCUUACUUUCGCACUUUCCCAAAGACACCGAAUUUCAUAAUUGGUUGUCACAUGAAUUUCCUACUAUUGUAAAGCGAAUGGCCAAAAAGGAAUCUAACGACCCUAAAACUUCUGGGAAGGCAGGAACAAGCCCUUUAAUCGCAGUCCCUUAUCCGCCACUAGAAAAGUCCAGUUCUCUUGAGGCUGUUGAGAUUAAAAAGAAGGGUAGACCACCAUUGCCAUUGCGAAAUUCGGCAUCGAGGUCUCUUCGACAUAGCGGGGCUCCCAGUUCUGAUGCACACGACCUAUCAAGUGACGAACAAAUUCAAGCAAACCUACCAAAGGCCAAACAUAAGUCACCUAGGAAAACUCGAUCGGAAUCCACGCGCGGUGUCGACAUGAUGAUUCUUGAUGUUCCCGAUGAUCAGCAACGCGGCUUGAAUGCAGCCAGCCAUUUGGAGAGAUCGUUUUCACAAGAUGCGAGUAGACCUAACUUGGCCACCACAUCCUCGUUAUCCAUCGUGGUUGAGGCUUUGCAAGACAUCCGACAGGAAAUGCUUGAACUCCUAGACGAAGGGAAGCAGAAGAAGCAUCCCGACGACAUGAGUCCUAAGGGGUGGUGUACGAAACUCUACCUCGAGUUAAGCAUUAGAAACCCCAAGGCAUUGGCAGAGGUGUGCGAAUACUUCUCCCGAGAUCUUGUACAACACCUUGGCCCAGAGUGGCAUAAAAGCCAAUUCUACGAGUGGAUGAAGGACAGCGUCGACACGAAGCCCAACUUCGAAUUUAUCGCUGAGAACGACAUUCCAAAUAUUGCCAGGCGCAAGAAGAAGGGUAAGGCUUCGCGUGAAGAGACUCAAUCCAUCUCCGGGACCAGAGAGCUACCAGUUAGAACCGGUGGGAAGCACCCGCCACGAAGAGGCCGUCCUAGUGGUAAAACGGCAGGAUUGCGUCCUCCCACUGGCAGCAAGAAACGCCUGCGUCACGAAACGAGCAACGAUGAUGAAAUGGACAUUGACGAAGAUGGAGUGUUAAGAAAGACAUCAAAGAGAUACAGGUACUUCGAUGACGACGAACAAGAUGAAGAUGUAAAUGAUACUACUUCUUCAGUCGACGAUGACGAUGACGAUGACGACGAAGCCGAGAAUACAGAUGCUCCACUUACCCGACUCGUCAUCCGCGCCGAGAAGCUGCCAUCUACUUUCCCCAAGGGUCCGAAUCAAACAUGGACAUGCGAAGAGCCUGAUUGUGGAUAUGUCGUUCGAGCUGCUGACGGGGAAGAUGGUCAUGCCCUUAUCCAUCAACAUUAUGAAGCGCACGAGAAGGAAGCACGAGACGAGGCAGAGCAGAAUAAGGCGAGUCUCAUGGAACUUGCCGUCCAGGAGUCCCAGAAGGGACAUAUACCCAUCAAUCAUCUCCUAGAGAAAAUCCGCGGCAUGGGCGAGAAAGCACAGAAGCACGACGAGACCCAGCUCAACGGCCAAGCCGUCCCACAGCCGAUCAAGCGCGGCCUAUUAAUAUAAAAUCACUCACGCCCCAAACAAUUUUACGGCCACAUUUUUGCUUUUCAGCCCUCCCUUCCAAAUUCGGAACUGGUGGCAUACACACCUAUAUGAGUGGCUGGCUGGCCUCUAAGACAUCGGUUACGGCAAACGGAUGAUACCCGGUUUUUUACGGUGUCCAGGUAUUCUAGACCUUGGGAUUCGGUCGUCUGGGUUUUCGGCAACCUGCUAUUAUUUAUUCAUCUUCGGCAAACAGUAUAGAGGGGAAGUAAGGUCGGAGAUUUGGCGCAUCAUAUACAUAGCUGGACUUGAGUGAGGCUUCUACAAUACCCUGGUCUAGACGGACAUACAUAUUUAUGUAGGACUUUAUAGUGUGC